AUGAGCGUCGCCAUUCCGUCUCGUCUCGUCCGCAAGCACUCCUUCUCGGAGAACAGGGGACCCGCUCCGGCCAACCACCACCUCACCAUCAACGUCGUACUUAAAAUUCAGAACGCCGAGUGGCUCGAGAAGAAGUUGAAGGAGGCGAGCGACCCGGACAGCCCCAACUUUGGCAAGUACGCGACGAUGGAGGAGAUCAACCGCCUGACGGAGGCGCCGGCCGAGCACAUGGAGAAGGUGGUGGCGUGGCUCGAGUCACACGGCGUGGAGCACAUCAACACGCGCUCGAACGACGUCCAGUUCUCGGUGACCGUGGGCGAGGCCCAGCGCCUGUUCAACGCCAGGCUCGACAAGUUCGGCAUCCCCAACGACGGCGACAACACCUUCAUGGUCCGCCGCGCCGGCGAGCUCCAGAUACCCGAUGACCUCAAGGACGUCGUCGACUUCGUCGUCGGCAUCUAA